CGACACCGAGGAGGACAGCGCCGCUGCCGGCCUCGAGCUCGAGGACAGCUUCCCCGGCGACGAGCAACAGUGCCAGGUACAGCAGCAGCAGCAACAACAGCAGUACGCCAAUGGACUGGUCGAGCGCCGCAAGCGGCUCAGGUAGCAGCAAACCCUCCCUCUCUCACUCUCUCUUUCUCCUUGUUGCUCGGCCUUCUCAGGCCCUCGUUAUCCAAACUCACGGGUAAUUCGCUUAUUUACCUGUAGGCCGCGACUGCCGUUUUGCACAACAGUCGAAUUUGCCGUUUUCGCCUGCUCGUCGACCCCAGCCCCCUUGACUUGCGUAACCAGCUUGCGCGCGCGUCAACCUAGCUUUUUUCCUCCGAUCAAGCACACAGAAGUUUCUUUCCUUCCGAUCAUGAAUAUUUAUUAUGCAAGUUGAUUGGUCGUCUUGCGUAAUAACCGUUGUGUUUACGCUCGAUUGUGCUGCCGUGUGAUAACGCUCCGUUUCGCUCCCCCUCCCCCCUCUCCCUCUCUCUCGUCACUCGUCGUGCCACGCGCCUACUUUUACAAACUCAAUGAAAUUUUCCCCGGCGCAUCGUUGCAUCGCUCGCCGCUGCCUUACGCGUUGUUUUCACCGCUAUUUUUUUCUCAGAGAGCACACCGAAAGCGUCGGGCGCCGCUCCGUCGCGAAGCCUCCGACUCGCAACGGCAAAAAUCUCAGCGUGCCGUGGAAGCAUUGCCCCUCUACCAAACCUACUCGGUGCAACGCCUCGCAUCGUCAUCAUCGUCGAUGAAGCGAUUGCUCGAAAUUGAAAUGCGCGUAGAAAACCGACGAACGUCGCUGACGCGAUGAAACAGCGCGUGGUUAAUCGUGGCGAAUGACUCGGCCAACGUCGCGUCGAAUAUUUCCGCAUUAGGCAGCAAUGCAGAAAGGUCGCAGCGGCGUUCACCUGGGCGACAAAAUAAGAAACGUGACGCUAGCGUAACGAAAUUGCUGCGUCAUCGCGUAGUCCGCCGAAGAUCAGGCAGCCUCGUUGCGUAAGGUAGUCGUCGCCGACGGCAAGAGACAACGCGGAGUAGGAGCGCGCACAAGCGGAAGAGCUGCGAGCCGAGAGGUCGCAGGUGGGAAAGUUGAUGCGCGUGCGACCAGGCGCGUCACGCGCACAUGUCCGAAGGUCGAUCGCGUCGGGCCGCGCAGAAGGGGAAUCCUGCCGGAGCCUCGGGCCAGUCGUCGCUCGGCGCUCGGCCCGCGCACUCGUCCUCGAGCUCGAUCCUCGCAGUCGCGCGCGCGGAACGGGAACGCCAGCCGUGGACCUCGGCUCCCCCCCUCGGGGACACCGCACCGCGCGCACCGACCGAGGCCCGUGAGCCCGCGAGCAGCGGCUGGCCGGUCGGCCGGCGCCUGUGCAGCGCAGCUCGGCAUGAAGCGCAUCAAGAGGUUCGUCCUCGCCGAGAACAGCGAGAAGGACCCGAUCUGGAAGAGCUCGGACAACCUGACCGCCGUGCUCACGAGGAUGCACAGCCUCGAGUGCGCGCCCAUCGACGAGUCGCCCGCCGCCCUCCACCAUCACGGAAUCACGCCCAGCAUGUCCCAGGGCACGGUCAUGGUGCAGGCGCAGAGCAGCCGCCAGCUCGACAAGGACUUCACCGUCGCCACGCCGGAGGAGUUCGUGCACCGAUUCGGCGGCACACGCGUCAUCAACAAGGUGCUGAUCGCCAAUAACGGCAUCGCCGCGGUCAAGUGCAUGCGCUCGAUCCGCAGAUGGUCCUACGAGAUGUUCAAGAACGAGCGCGCGGUGCGCUUCGUGGUGAUGGUGACGCCCGAGGACCUGAAGGCCAACGCCGAAUACAUCAAGAUGGCCGACCAGUACGUGCCGGUGCCCGGCGGCACCAACAACAAUAAUUACGCCAACGUGGAGCUGAUCGUCGACAUCGCCAGCCGCACGCAGGUGCAGGCGGUCUGGGCCGGCUGGGGCCACGCCUCCGAGAACCCGAAGCUGCCCGAGCUGCUGCACAAAAACAACAUCUGCUUCAUCGGCCCGUCGGAGCGCGCCAUGUGGGCCCUCGGGGACAAGAUCGCCUCGAGCAUCGUCGCCCAGACGGCCGAGGUGCCCACGCUGCCUUGGUCCGGCUCCGAGCUCAAGGCCCACUACAGCGGCAAGAAGAUCAAGAUUUCCUCGGAGCUGUUCAAGAAGGGCUGCGUGUCCACGGCCGAGGAGGCCCUCGCUGCCGCCCAGAAGAUCGGCUUCCCCAUCAUGGUCAAAGCCAGCGAGGGCGGCGGCGGCAAGGGCAUCCGCAAGGUGGACAACGCCGAAGAGCUGCCCUCGUUAUUUCGCCAAGUGCAGACCGAGAUCCCCGGCUCGCCGAUCUUCAUCAUGAAGCUUGCCAAGAGCGCGCGCCACCUCGAGGUGCAGCUGCUCGCCGACAACUACGGCAACGCCAUCUCGCUCUUUGGCCGCGACUGCUCCAUCCAGCGCCGCCAUCAGAAAAUCAUCGAGGAGGCGCCUGCGGUCAUCGCCAAGCCAGAGGUUUUCGAGGAGAUGGAGAAGGCAGCGGUGCGCCUCGCCAAAAUGGUCGGCUACGUCAGCGCCGGCACCGUCGAGUACCUGUACGAUCCGGCCGGCCGCUACUACUUCCUCGAGCUCAACCCAAGGCUGCAGGUCGAGCACCCCUGCACCGAGAUGGUCUCGGACGUCAAUCUGCCGGCGGCUCAACUGCAGGUGGCUAUGGGCCUGCCGCUGCACCACAUCAAGGACAUCCGGCUGCUCUACGGCGAGAGUCCCUGGGGCGACAGUCUCAUCGACUUCGACCAGCCCCGACACAAGCCCCAGCCUUGGGGCCACGUGAUCGCUGCCAGGAUCACCAGUGAAAAUCCAGACGAGGGCUUCAAGCCGAGUAGUGGUACCGUGCAAGAGCUCAACUUUCGCUCGUCCAAGAACGUCUGGGGCUACUUCUCGGUGGGCGCCACCGGCGGCCUGCACGAGUUCGCCGACUCGCAGUUCGGCCACUGCUUCUCCUGGGGCGAGGACCGCAACCAGGCGCGCGAGAACCUGGUAAUCGCGCUGAAGGAGCUGAGCAUCCGUGGCGACUUCCGGACGACCGUGGAGUACCUGAUCACGCUGCUAGAGACCGAGGCCUUCCAGAGCAACAACAUCGACACCGCAUGGCUGGAUAUCCUGAUCGCCGAGCGCGUGCGCAGCGACAAGCCCGAUGUGAUGCUGGCAGUGAUCUGCGGCUCGCUGCACAUCGCCGACCGGUCCAUUACCGCGGCCUUCAGCGGCUUUCAGACGGCUCUCGAGAAGGGCCAGAUCCAGGCGAGCAACGACCUCAAUAAUAGCGUCGAUAUCGAGCUGAUCAACGACGGCUUCAAGUAUCGAGUGCAAGCCACUAAGUCGGGUCCCAACAGCUACUUCCUCGUGAUGAAUGGCUCCUACAAGGAGGUCGAGAUCCACCGGCUAUCGGACGGCGGCUUGCUGCUGUCGGUCGACGGGGCCAGCUUCACUACCUACAUGCGCGAGGAGGUCGAUCGCUACCGCAUCGUCAUCGGCAACCAGACCUGCGUCUUUGAGAAGGACAACGAUCCGUCGCUGCUACGUAGCCCCUCGGCCGGCAAGCUCAUCAACUUCCUGGUAGAGGACGGUGGUCACGUGGAGGCCGGCCAGGCCUACGCCGAGAUCGAGGUCAUGAAGAUGGUAAUGUCGGUGAGCACGAGCGAAGCCGGCACGCUGUUCUUCGUGAAGCGCCCGGGUGCAGUGCUCGACGCCGGCAGCCUUGUGGCGCGCCUCGAGCUUGACGACCCCUCAUUGGUGACCAAGGCGCAGGAGUACGCCGGUCAGUUCCCCGGGCCCAGCAGCCCCGCCGUACCCGAGAAGCUGAACCACCUGCAUGCCAAGUACCGUGCCGCGCUGGAGAACUGCCUAGCCGGAUACUGCUUGCCCGACCCUUACCAUCUGCCGCGACUGCGCGAGCUCGUUGAGCGUUUCAUGAGUUCGUUGCGCGAUCCCUCGCUACCAUUACUCGAGCUGCAAGAGGUGAUCGCCACAAUCUCCGGCCGCAUCCCGCUCAGCGUCGAGAAAAAAAUUCGCAAGCUGAUGACGCUGUACGAACGCAAUAUCACCUCGGUACUGGCACAAUUCCCCAGCCAACAGAUUGCUGCGGUGAUCGAUGGCCAUGCGGCCACACUGUCCAAGCGCUCGGAGCGCGAUGUAUUUUUCCUGACCACUCAGGCGAUUGUGCAGCUGGUGCAGCGCUACCGCGCGGGCAUUCGCGGUCGCAUGAAGACUGCGGUACAUGAGCUGCUGCGCCAGUAUUUCGUGGUCGAGUCGCAGUUUCAACAAGGCCACUACGACAAGUGUGUCUCGGCACUGAUCGAACAGCACAAGGACGACGUGGCUCAGGUGACCGCUACCAUCUUCAGCCACAGCCAGGUGCUCAAGAAGAACGUGCUGGUGACUAUGCUAGUGGACCACCUUUGGGCCAAUGAACCCGGCCUCACCGACGAGUUGGCCUCGACGCUCACCGAGCUCACCAGCCUCAACCGCCAGGAACACAGUCGCGUGGCACUGCGCGCGCGCCAGGUACUCAUCGCCGCUCACCAGCCUGCCUAUGAGCUGCGUCACAACCAAAUGGAGUCCAUCUUUUUAUCGGCCGUCGACAUGUACGGUCACGAUUUCCACCCAGAAAAUCUGCAAAAACUUAUCCUCUCCGAGACCUGCAUUUUUGACAUUCUGCACGACUUCUUCUACCACUCGAACCGCGCUGUCUGCAACGCCGCGCUCGAGGUCUACGUACGCCGCGCAUACAUCAGCUACGAGCUCACAUGCUUACAGCAUCUCGAGCUUUCGGGCGAGAUCCCGCUAGUGCAUUUCCAAUUCCUGCUGCCGACCAACCACCCCAACCGUCAGAGUCACUCGCUGGUCAACCACCGCAUGGGCGCGAUGGCCGCCUUUAAGGAUCUGGCCGAGUUCUCGCAAUACUCGGACGAGGUGCUCGAUCUGCUUGAAGAUCUAUCCAACCCCAUCACCGUAUCGGCGCGCGUGCUCGAAGCGGUCGACGCGGCGGUUGGCUGCAGCGAGUCGCGCCACAGUACUUCCAUUAACGUCGACCACGUGGACUCAGCCGGACAGCCGCAGGUGGCACAGCAACAAGUUGCCCAGCAACAGCCCGAGCCGGUCAACAUCCUCAGCGUGGCCGUUCAGGACAAGGGCAGCCAGGAUGACGCCACACUCGCGUGCAUGUUCGGCAACUGGUGCGCCAGUAACCGUGACGAGCUGGUGGCGCGCGGAGUGCGUCGGGUGACCUUCGCCGCACUCAAGAAGCGCCAGUUCCCGCGCUUCUUUACGUUCCGCCAGCGUGACAACUUCAUCGAGGACCGCAUCUACCGACACCUCGAGCCCGGCUGCGCCUUCCAUAUCGAGCUUAACCGCAUGCGCACCUACGAUCUGGAGGCGCUGCCCACUUCCAACCAGAAGAUGCAUCUCUACCUCGGCCAAGCCAAAGUGGCCAAAGGCCAGCAGGUCACUGAUUAUCGCUUCUUCAUCCGAUCCAUCAUCCGCCACUCAGACCUCAUCACCAAGGAGGCCAGCUUCGACUACCUGCACAAUGAGGGCGAGCGUGUGCUCCUGGAAGCCAUGGACGAGCUCGAAGUGGCCUUCUCGCACCCGCUGGCCAAGCGCACCGAUUGCAAUCACAUCUUCCUCAACUUUGUGCCCACCGUCAUAAUGGACCCGGUAAGGAUCGAGGAGAGCGUCACCAGCAUGGUUAUGCGCUACGGUCCACGGCUCUGGAAGCUGCGCGUGCGUCAGGCGGAGAUUAAGAUGACCAUCAGACCGGCGCCGGGCAAACCCACCACCAACGUGCGUCUCUUCAUCGCUAAUGACAGCGGCUACAGUGUCGAUUUGCACCUCUACAGUGAAGCCACCGACCCUAAGACCGGCGUUAUUCGCUUCGAGUCCUACGUGCCCAAUGGCAACACCAACAACUGGCGCCCAGGCCCCAUGCACGGCUUACCUAUUAACACACCCUACCUCACCAAAGACUACCUGCAGGCCAAACGUUUCCAGGCUCAGAGUGCCGGGACUACGUACGCCUACGAUCUGCCCGACAUGUUCAGGCAGCAGAUAGAGAAGGCCUGGGCCAAGCACGUCGAGGAGUCGCCUAAUGCCGAUCAAAUUGUGGUACCGAACCCAGUGUUGGACAGUGUCGAGCUGGUUCUCGACGGCGAAAACCUGGUGGAGCAGAAACGUCUGCCCGGCGAAAAUGAGGUUGGCAUGGUGGCCUGGAAGUUGACGCUUUACACUCCUGAAUAUCCGGCAGGGCGAGAGAUGAUACUGAUCGCCAACGACUUGACCGUUCGAAUUGGUUCUUUCGGCAUACAAGAGGAUAUGGUCUUCUACAGGGCCUCGGAGAGAGCACGUCAACUAGGCAUUCCUCGCGUUUACUUUUCGGCUAACUCAGGAGCUAGAAUUGGCCUGGCCGAGGAGGUAAAGAGUUUGUUUCAUAUCGCGUGGGAAGAUAACGACGAGCCGGAAAAGGGUUUCAAAUACAUAUACCUCACACCGGAUGACUACGCACGCCUGGGCCCAUUGAACUCAGUCAAGGCCUGCUUGAUAGAGGAUGACGGCGAAUCCAGAUACAAAAUAACUGACAUAAUUGGCCAAGAAGAUGCCAUUGGUGUUGAAAAUUUAAAACACGCGGGACUGAUUGCUGGAGAGACCUCGAGGGCCUACGAGGAGAUCGUGACAAUAUCGGUGGUGUCCUGUCGUGCUAUUGGAAUCGGCUCAUAUCUGGUGCGAUUAGGCCAGCGCGUCAUACAAAUCGAAAACUCGCACAUCAUCCUCACCGGCUAUCGGGCCCUGAACAAGGUAUUAGGCCGCGAGGUCUACGCGAGCAACAAUCAACUGGGAGGCAUUCAGAUCAUGCAUAACAAUGGUGUAUCCCACGCGACGGAACCUCGCGACUUGGACGGAGUGUCGACAGUCCUGCGAUGGCUCAGCUAUGUGCCAAAGACCAAGGGGGCACCACUGCCUAUUCGCUCGUUAGCGAGUUUGACGGAUCCGAUUGAUCGAGACAUCGAUUAUUUGCCGACGAAAGCGCCCUACGAUCCACGCUUGAUGCUCGAGGGUAGACAGCAUCCUAACGAUAGCACCGUCUGGGAGAGCGGCUUCUUUGACCGUGGCUCUUGGCAGGAAAUCAUGAGACCGUGGGCACAGACCGUUAUCGCUGGUCGAGCCAUGCUCGGAGGAAUCCCGUGUGGAGUAAUAGCUGUGGAGACUCGCUCGGUGGAGCUGCAUUUACCGGCGGAUCCAGCCAACCCCGACUCGGAAGCCAAGACCGUGUCUCAGGCUGGCCAAGUCUGGUAUCCCGACAGUGCCUACAAGACGGCUCAGGCCAUCAAGGACUUUGGUAGAGAGGAGCUGCCACUGAUGAUCUUCGCCAACUGGCGAGGAUUCUCCGGAGGAAUGAAAGACAUGUACGAGCAGAUAGUGAAGUUCGGCUCGUACAUCGUGGACGGCCUGCGCGAGUACACGCGGCCUGUAAUGGUGUACAUUCCACCUAAUGCCGAGCUACGCGGCGGCGCCUGGGCGGUAGUCGACCCGACCAUCAACCCGCAGUGCAUGGAGAUGUUCGCGGAUAAUAGCAGCCGCGGUGGCGUGCUUGAACCUGAGGGCAUUGUUGAGAUCAAGUUCCGCGAAAAAGACAUCCUGAAGACGAUGUAUCGCGAGGAUCCGGUACUGCAGCGGCUGAAGGAGCAGCUUGCCGGCUGCGGCGCAUGUGCCCCGGCCGAAGAGCGGGCGCCCAUCGAAAUGGAGAUGAAGACGCGCGAGCGCCAGCUGGAGUCGAUGUACCACCAGGUGGCGGUGCGCUUCGCCGAUCUACACGAUACGCCCGAGCGCAUGCUAGAGAAGGGCUGCAUCUCGGAGAUCGUACCGUGGCGUGGAGCUCGCCGCUUCUUCUAUUGGCGGUUGCGCCGUCGGCUGCUCGAGGAUCAGAUCCGCAGGCAGGUGCUGGAAACGCAACCGAGCCUGCAGGUGCGCCAAGUGGACGCGAUGCUGCGCCGCUGGUUCGUCGAGGACAAGGGCGCGACGGCGUCCUACCUGUGGGACAGUGACUCGACAGCCGCCACCUGGCUGGAGGCGCAAACGCGUAGCGAGGGCAGCGUGCUACAACGCAAUAUGUGCUGCGUAAAGAAGGACGCGGUAGUGAGCCGCAUCAAGGAGGCGCUCGAGGCCUGCCCCGAAGUGCGCCUCGACGCUGUCCUCGAGAUCGCGCAUCGACUGCAGCCGCAAGAGCGCGCCGAGCUGCAGCGCUCGCUCGCCCAGAUGGAGCCCGCCGCCCCGGAGGCGCGCGCUGACUCCAGCUCUUCUUCCUCCUCGCCCUAAGCCUCGCUCUGACUUUCUCUGUAUAUAUGUAUACAAGUGUAUCCGGAUUCUGCCACCGCGUGUCCACUGCGUGGCCAAGUCUGUAUCGUCGGCUUCUGUUUUGUCCUCAAUUUUUUCACCUCUACCAUUAAGCCCACGAUGCGAUCUGGGCUUGUCGAAGGCGCGCUUAACCAAAGCUAUCAAAUUCUUGGGUGCGUGUCCUUGUAGAAUACAGCUCUUUAAAUACUGUUGCUAUAAUAUUUAAAAUUCAAUUCCACGUGGAUUAUAUAUUUAAAUAAAAUUAUAGCGUUCGCCCACCGCAGCGUCAAUUUCUGUUAUUACUAUUUGCAGCCGUUGUUAAGGACAUCAUUUUUGUUUUAAUACAAAUAAAAAGCCAUCUU